AGAUCAAACUCUUUCGGUCGACCAUGAUCAAGCGCCUCCGUCUCCCGUUCAGCGUCUCCCCGCGCACCGCAGGGCGUCUACACCCCCAUGUCUUUCCCCCGGCCUCUCGAAAUCAUCCGUUUUCCAAUGCCCGGGGCCUCUCCUCGCAAGCAGUGACGAUCCCCGCGCUGGACAACCUCACGCUCCCCUACGUGUGGCUGCGCGACUCGUGCCAGUGCCCCUCGUGCAUCCACCCCUCCACGCGCCAGAAACUGCACCGCACGUCCGACUUGGUGGCUGCAAGGCCUGUUCCGGGCGGUGUGGCGUACCACCACGACGAGGGGGUGCUCAGGGUGAAGUGGGAGGGCGGGCACGAGAGCGCGUACGAGCGCGGGUGGCUGGAGCGGUACGCCGAUCCGGGGAAGCUCGCAGCGUUCCACCGCGAGGUGGAGAGGGUCGAAUGGGACGCGAAGCGUGUGAGCGAGUCCAGCGCGCUCUUCGUGCCCUAUGAGGAUCUGCAGAAGCCUGCCGGGCUUCUCACCGCUAUCGAGCAGCUCGUCAAGUACGGGUUACUAUUCGUCAGCGGCGUGCCAAAUCAGGAGACGAGCCACGAAAGGUGCGAACUGACGAGGCUCGCGGAGCGUUUUGGGGAGAUUAGGGAGACGUUCUACGGGCGGGUGUGGGACGUGAAGAACGUCGAGCGGAGCAAGAACAUCGCGUACACGAACCUCGAUUUGGGGCUGCACAUGGACUUGCUGUACUUCCAGCACCCCCCGCGCUACCAGAUCCUGCACUGCCUGCGCAACCGCGUGGCCGGCGGGAGCUCGCUCUUCCUCGACGCGAUCCACGCCGCGCGCGAGCUGCGCUCUGACGACCCGGCGGCGUUCGACACGCUCGCCGCGACGCCCGUGCCGUUCCACUACAUCAACGACGGGCACCACCUGCACUGCGCGCACCCGACGAUCGAGCUCGCGUCGCCUUCCCUCACAUCCACAUCCACACCUACGUCUCGCCCCGCGACUGCGCACCCAGGACCGGACGUUGCGUUCGUCAACUACUCCCCGCCCUUCCAGGCGCCGCUCGCGCCCGCCACGCCGCCCGCCUUCUACACCGCCCUCCGCGCGUUCGCCUCCAUCCUCGCAGAUCCGGCAAAUACGCACGAGUAUACGCUGAGGGAGGGCGACGCGGUGGUGUUCGAUAACCGCCGGGUGCUGCAUGCGCGGAGGAGUUUUGGGGAGGGGGAGAGGUGGCUGAAGGGGUGUUACCUCGAGGCGGACUCGGUGCUGGAUCGGAUGAGGGUGUUGCAGGGACGGGUGGGGAAGGUGUAAGAGGGAGGGGAUAUUUUAUUGACGAGAAGCCGGGGUGCGUGGGUGACGUGGUUCUGUAUCAAAUUCUAAGCAGCCCCGGCGCAACGACUCGACAUGUGGCACGCGAGCCCAUAGUCCGUCGCGGAAGCCUACUUGUGGCUGGGUAUGGUUUGGAUAUACUCUUCUCCAUAGAGGAAGUGACGCACUGUUCAAUACGGCGCCAGGGUGUCAUGAG